AUGCUAACGGAACCUCUUUCCAAAGAUUGGCAGUGAGUCUAUAUCAAAAAUCGAUUCCCACAAUGAAUAUUGAACGGGAUGAAAGGUGCCCAUGUCAUUGCGCUGAAACUACAUAGUGCGGGUCGGUGGGACUGAGAAAAGAAUAAAAAGCCGUCGAAAGACACUAGGAAAAAUUGUCUACUUUCCAAGAUUUCAUCCAAUCGAUAAGUGGCCAGCUGAAGAGUUGUGGCUAAUAUUGUGAAUUCAAAGAAAAGUUACAUGUUCUUAUUCUAUUAAAAAAAAUGCGCACAUUCGUCACUUCAUUAGAACAUAUUUUACAGAGAUUACUGCAAGACAGAGCGAGAAGAAAAUCAAUUCAAAUGCAUCUACUCGAAGCAUUUCCCAAAAACUGACUGCAAAUACACUGGCUCGCUCAUGAAAGUUAUUUGCCACGUGGAGACAGUGCACUUGUAGGCUUACUGAACGAGUGUAGAACAAAAAUACUUGUGGUGUUUUUCAGCAAUCUAUACAGAUUUAAGUGCGCUUCUUGCAAUGCGAUGGCAACGCAUAAGUUUCAGCUGCUCGAGCAUCAAAAACGUGGACAGUGUCCAACAGUAAAAAUAAAUAGCAGAAACUUAUAUGUGUCAAAUUGUCUUCAGAACGCAAAGGGCAACGUUGUUAUCGAGAUCAACCAAACUGCAGAGGAGAACGUCUACAAAAUGAUCAAUAUCUGCGUUGCUCCCCUGGAAAGAGGAAGGGUAAGCCACUGCAUUUACUGAAGGUUUUGUUGGGUCGGCUUGACAUUCCAGUUUCAACCUGAUCCGUUGCAAGACGGUCUUGGUUCAGUAUUUUGUUGGCUGCGUUUAUAUUUUUCAUCCCAGCAUAGGAAUGCCCCUUCUCAGGACUGUUAAUUAAAAAUAAGAAAAAUACUGAUUGUUUUACUACGUCUUUUUCAGAACGGCGGCUCUUUGGCUUCAACGUCGUCGCGCACGUCCCGAAGAGAACAUGAGAGUGAGGGGCAAGAGGACGAGGUGAGCAAAGUUUUAGAGAGAUCUCUUAUUUUCUUGCUAUGCACGUUAUCUAUUAUUUAUUAUGAAUUUAAGUCCGACGAACCAACUACUCCAACGUACCAAGUGAGCAACGUUAUUCAUUGAUUUUCACUCAUAUCCAUUUCAGACGGCGGAAGGUACGGAAAGAGGUAGAUUGCUGAUAGAAGCGGAAAUGAGGGUGAGUAGAUAACUUAUUCAUAGUUAUUCAAUCAUGCCUGGCAACGGGUAUUGAUACGCAAAGUAGGCCUGAUGUAUCUUGUAAUCAUACACACCUGGACAUAUGUAAUUAUAAAGCCACUCUACAUUUUUGGGCCAUGUCGGUAUCACUUUUGGUUUCUGGAGAAAAACGCAAAAAUAGAGUGGCUUUAUAAUUAUAUCCAGGUGUGUGAGAGCAUGGUUCCAGUGGGUAAAGGCAAAGAACCUGUAGAUCCUAGUGUGCCCCAAAUACUAAUAAGAUGCUCAAAAGCACAACUAACGUUAGGAUAUAAACUGAUUUUGACCCUUUCUAAAACCGUCAUCAGAAAACAUGGUGCUCUAAUGCGGUCAUGUGUGCCUUUCGUUUCACGUAAUCAUAUUCAAUUUGUCCUCACUUGACGGUUUCAGGAUGGCGUCGACGAAGAAGACGAAGGGAAUAGCAGCCCACCCUUGCCUCCCCCUAGUGAAACCAGAGUAUGGGUUAGUAUUUUGUUCGCUGGAUUUAUAUUUUUCAUCGCGGAACAAAAAUAUAUUUAUGUUUUUCAGAUCAACCAGGGAUCUCCUACGUACCAGGUAAGCAACUUCAUUUAUUGCAUUUGAUGAACAAAAUUUCAAAGAUAGACAAUGAAAAUAAUAUUACCACUUGCGGUUUCAGAAAGAAGACGACAACGAAGAUGAUCGCAGCCCCUACACUUCUCACACGAGAAGAACCGAUGCAUGGGUUCGUAUUUACAUAGUUGGCAGACCUAACUCUUUUCAUCGCGGUAUACAAAUGCCCUUCAUAGUUGUCAAUUUGUCUGUUUCUUGUAACUAAUGUGAGACGGUCCCUGAGAACGAGUCAUGUAGACAAAUCCUCCGUCUCCAUUCUUUGCAGCGAACAGACUCAGGCAAGAAAAACCAAUUUGCCGGGGCCGAGAAGUUCAAGUUUUGUUCCAAUCCGUUGCAAAAGGGCUAAAAAACAUUUUUUGACAUUUGUCCACCUUAUAUUUUUAUGUUUUUCAGAUCAACCAGGGAUCUCCUACGUACCAGGUAAGCAACUUCAUUCAUUGCAUUUGAUGAACAAAAUUUCAAAGAUAGACAAUGAAAAUAAUAUUACCACUUGCGGUUUCAGAAAGAAGACGACAACGAAGAUGAUCGCAGCCCCUACACUUCUCACACGAGAAGAACUGAUGCAUGGGUUCGUAUUUACAUAGUUGGCAGACCUAACUCUUUUCAUCGCGGUAUACAAAUGCCCUUCAUAGUUGUCAAUUUGUCUGUUUCCUGUAACUAAUGUGAGACGGUCCCUGAGAACGAGUCAUGUAGACAAAUCCUCCGUCUCCAUUCUUUGCAGCGAACAGGCUCAGGCAAGAAAAACCAGUUUGCCGGAGCAGAGAAGUUCAUGUUUUGUCCCAAUCCGUUGCAAAAGGGCUAAAAAACAUUUUUUGACAUUUGUCCACCUUAUAUUUUUAUGUUUUUCAGAUCAACCAGGGAUCUCCUACGUACCAGGUAAGCAACUACUUUUAUUGCAUUUGAUGAACAAAAUUUCAAAGAUAGACAAUGAAAAUAAUAUGUAUUACCUCUUGCGGUUUCAGAAAGAAGACGACAACGAAGAUGAUCGCAGCCCCUACACUUCUCACACGAGAAGAACCGAUGCAUGGGUUCGUAUUUACAUAGUUGGCAGACCUAACUCUUUUCAUCGCGGUAUACAAAUGCCCUUCAUAGUUGUCAAUUUGUCUGUUUCUUGUAACUAAUGUGAGACUGUCCCUGAGAACGAGUCAUGUAGACAAAUCCUCCGUCUCCAUUCUUUGCAGCGAACAGGCUCAGGCAAGAAAAACCAAUUUGCCGGGGCAGAGAAGUUCAGGUUUUGUCCCAAUCCGUUGCGAAAAAGCUAAAAAAUAAUUGUUGACAAUUGUCCACUUUAUAUUUUUAUGUUUUUCAGAUCAACCAGGGAUCUCCUACGUACCAGGUAAGCAACUACUUUUAUUGCAUUUGAUGAACAAAAUUUCAAAGAUAGACAAUGAAAAUGAUAUUACCACUUGCGGUUUCAGAAAGAAGACGACGACGAAGAUGAUCGCAGCCCCUACACUUCUCACACGAGAAGAACCGAUGCAUGGGUUCGUAUUUACAUAGUUGGCAGACCUAACUCUUUUCAUCGCGGUAUACAAAUGCCCUUCAUAGUUGUCAAUUUGUCUGUUUCUUGUAACUAAUGUGAGACUGUAACUGAGAACGAGUCAUGUAGACAAAUCCUCCGUCUCCAUUCUUUGCAGCGAACAGGCUCAGGCGAGAAAAACCAGUUUGCCGGAGCAGAGAAGUUCAUGUUUUGUCCCAAUCCGUUGCAAAAGGGCUAAAAAACAUUUUUUGACAUUUGUCCACCUUAUAUUUUUAUGUUUUUCAGAUCAACCAGGGAUCUCCUACGUACCAGGUAACCAUUUAUUGCAUUUGAUGAACUUCCCUUUAGUCAGAGAACAUGGGAAGAGUUCCUGAUUGGACUUUUGACGUUAUGGCAGGUUUCAUGUCUGUUGUACCGUUGGUAGCGUUGUCUGAAAACAUUUCAUGGCAGUUUUCGAAUCCGUAUUGACAAAAUUUCAAAGAUAGACAGUGAACAUGAUAUUACCACUUGCGGUUUCAGAAAGAAGACGACGACGAAGAGGACACAGAGGAUCUCAGCCCACCCUUGUCUCCCGCGAGUGGAACCAGAGUAUCGGUUAGUAUUUUGUUGGCUGGAUUCAUAUUUUUCAUCGUGGUAUACAAAUGCUCUCCAAAAGAGAAAUUUGCCUUUAGUUUGUUCCUUUAAACGAAAACAUCGCAUUUUUGUUGUGGUGCGCGUCUCCAGUCGGAUACCGGAAUGCAUCAAAACACUCCUAUUCGCCUGACUACAUCGGCUCAGAAUUGUUAAUUAGAAAUAUGAAAACAACUGAUUGUUCCAACUGAUCUUCUCCAGAACAGCGGCCCUUCUUCGUCCACGUCAUCGCGCACGUCCCGAAGAGGACAUGAGAGUGCGAGGCAAGAGGGCGAGGUGAGAAUUUGGAUCAGCAGAGAAAUUCCCAUUCCUAUUCUCAUCCUUAUCGAAUUGUUUGCGAUUCCCCAAUAUUCUUAUCUCACUCGUCUUCUUUUUUUCAUCGAACACAUAUCGAACACGUGUUUGUGGGCACAGUUUUCUCUUGUGGGGCUCUCGUUCAUCUUUAGUUUCUUUAAAAAAUACAUAUUUUUUACAGAAAAAUUGUGGGACAACGGAAUGGUCUCGCGAGACAAUAAUGAACAAUUUUUGGAGAGAAGCUCAGUUAGUCGUUUACUUUUAUUUUGGAAAAGUUUGAUUCAUGCAGACAUUUUGGCUUUAUCUGAAUUUACAGGUUCCGAGUGCAGGUUCAGUUUGAUUUUUUUCAGAAGAGGCACGUGAAUAAUCAGGUCUCAAAGAAAUAUGGAAAAGAAAAUGUAUAAUCCUAAUAUUUGGGACCUGUUCAUUCACAAAACCAAUCGAUAAAUGUGGAACCUGUAUGUUGAUCUUGAAACCUGGAACUUGUAAAUUCAGAUAAUGUUUUCUAAGCGUUCAAAUUUGAAAUAUUUCAAAAAAAUGUUCAAAAUGUGUAUUCAGGUCCAGUGAGCAACAAGGAAAAACGAAACUCUACAAAUGCGUUCUUGAAGUGGACGAGGAGACUGUCUGUGGACAAAUUGGAAGCUUCAACUCCAUUCACAAUCACUUGGCCGCUCACCUGUCAGUUUUACAUGCAUUUAACCCAAUCAUCGUCUCCUUGGGCUAUUUCAAAACGAAUUAUUCGAAAAAUUGAGACAUCCUGCUUUACAAGUUUCAUUUCAGCAAAUUAGAAAGAUUCGAAUGUCAAAAGUGCGGCAGACGUGUUCUGGAGAAAAUAGACCUGGCUACGCACGCUCCAAAAAAUUAUGACGCUGCGGAUCCGAACGCAAAGAGCGUAUGCGAUAACGUGAGUCCACCUACAUGUGUGUAUUGCAAACCUGAAAAAGGAAUUACAGAAUCCGGAUGACAUACUGGAUUUGGUAAUCGAGGCGGAGAAAGAAAUAGAUUUCUAUAAACUAAGGGACUACGUCAUUGUUCCUGCGAGCGACGAUGAAACUGAGCGAAAGUGUGGAGUGUCAAGUUUGGUUGAAACUGUGAGUAUUUGAACAUGCGCUGGUUGGUUGUCUCCUUGUUUUUUUUAAGCUUUUUGUUCGUUCUGUAAAUGUUUUAUAUACUAAAUUUAUUUUUACAGUCAGAUGGGAAAAUGUGGUCGAGCGAGAAGAUAAUGGCAAAAUAUCGGACCAAAUUCGAGUAAGUUUUGAAAAAAUUGAAAAAAAAACGCUUUUUUCAAAUGUUUCGUUCUCUGAAAAAUCGUGCAUGUUGAGGGAGUUUGAUGUAUUCGUUUCAGGUCCGAUGCGCAUGUGAGAAGAGCCGAUCACAUGCUCUUCACAUGUAGUCUUCGAGUCAGAGACGAGCCGCCACCGAUAAAUUUCCACUCACGUAAGUUCGGCGCAAACCCGUGAACCGUCGGCUGUUUGGAUGCGGCGCCGCCUCUGUGCACUUCACAGCUGAAAUACUUGUUCAUUUUUUGAUUCAAAGACUCGAGAUUUGUUUUGCAAGCACUGCCUUUGAUAAAAACAUCCAAAUCAAACGUAUUCUUCGGGUAGCGUCGCAAAAUUUCAGAAGUGGCGCCCCGCCCAAACAGUUCAUGGGUUGAUGCUGUAAAGAGAGACGUGCUGACGCGAACACGUGUUUAAAAAUUGUUGUUCAGGGAACAAUUCUUCAUUAUACACGUACGAAUUAGAAAAAAACGAGUUCUGUCGGUAUGUCGGAAACCUCAACUCGGUUCACAGACACCUGGCCAUGCAUCUGUGAGUUUUUCAUGAUAUAGAACCCAUUCUUUUUGAGACCAUAGUCACAUGAAGAGUUGAAAAAUGUUCUGGACUCGUAUGCUGCUUGAUUGCGGUUUUGGUAUAUGAAUUUCAAAUAAUUGAAUAUUCAUUAAUCAACUGAAUGUGAUAAUGGUCGAAUUUCAGAAACUUGAUACGAUACAAGUGUCGAAAGUGUUCUCUGGAAAAAGUUAACUUAGAGGCUCACGUGCCACGUAAUACGGAAGACGACGUGUGCGAUUGCGUAAGUUCACUUAUUUGAAGUGUAAGCUCAAUGAGUAUGUAUUUCCAGCCAGGCGAUCCCAUUAUUCAGACGGAGUUUGACUGGAAUAAAGAGCAAGUUUUCCAAAAACUCCGGGAUCAUGUCAUCCUCCCUGCAAGCACCUAUGAGAGCGCCUUCACAAAAAAGAUAUGGCUUUUAGAAGAACAGCAUGAAGCCAGGAGAUACAGAGAAUCGAGCUAUAAGACGUUUGUCCCACCUCCGCUGAGCCCAGAAGCGUAUUUGAACACAAAAAGGGAACGGAGUCCAUCGUACCGGAGGCUGAAGAGGAAAGCAGAACUAGGAGAGUAGGGCACAAAAAUCAGAAUGACUUAGUAUUCACGGUUACUUUCAGUUGGUUGGCAGAACACGGAAAUGUUGGCAGCUCAAAUCAUCCGCCAAAAAGGUAAACAACUUAUCAUAGAAAUCGGACCUGAUCAAGUUUUCAAUUCAGCUUAAGACAAGAUAUCCCACAAACUCAACAUGUCCACUACUAA